AUAAAAAGUCCGAAUUAAUGAUGUAAUUAAUUUAUUUUUUAACAAUCACUGUUUAAGUCCGAUUACAUGGGCCUCCAGACACCUUGAUACAGCACUGUUACGCACCUUUUGAUUAAAGAUGGAGGAGCCGAGUAACGAGAAGUUCUUGUCGAGAAGACGUUCCGCUGUAAUUAAAUCUUUUAAAGUGAAGGAUGAACGAGUCGCUACUUUCAAAAAGGUGGCUGCGAUUCUGCAAAAACCUGAAAUUGACAGAACGCCGGAGGAGGUGGAUAUACUCGUCUCUUGUAGUGACGUAGUGAAGGAGGUUAAUUUAAGACAAGAAAAAAGGGAUAGGGUUAAAGCAAGAUUGGAAGAAAUUGAGGAUGUACCAGAGAUUUUGGAAGAAAAAUGUAUUAGAUUGGCUGCUGCUAUUAGCAGAGCUACUUCUCUUGCCGUUUAUACUGGCGCUGGUAUUAGUACAGCGGCAUCUAUUCCUGAUUACAGAGGAACAAACGGCGUAUGGACCAGGAUGCAACAGGGAAAGGAUAUCGGGAAUCAUGACUUGAGUCAGGCCGAGCCAACGUUAACGCAUAUGGCUUUGUACGCCUUAUAUAAGGCACGUGUAUUGAAACACAUAGUAUCGCAGAAUUGUGAUGGACUUCAUUUGCGCAGUGGUAUACCUCGUACCCUUCUAUCCGAAGUUCAUGGAAAUAUGUACGUAGAAGUAUGUAGAACUUGUAAACCAUCUAGAGAAUAUUGGAGGAUUUUUGACGUUACGGAAAAAACAGCUAGAUAUUCGCACGGAACAGGCAGAUUAUGCCACAAAUGUAAUUCAAUUCUGCAAGAUUCUAUAGUACAUUUUGGCGAAAGAGGAAAUUUGCCAUGGCCAAUUAAUUGGAAUGGUGCUACACGGGCAGCCAAACAAGCCGACGUGAUAUUAUGUUUGGGUUCUAGUCUUAAAGUUUUGAAAAAAUAUCCGUGGCUAUGGCAAAUGGAUAGACCAGUACACAAACGUCCUUCAUUGUAUAUCGUUAAUUUACAAUGGACUCCGAAAGACGAGAACGCUGUUUUGAAGAUAAAUGGAAAGUGUGACGAAGUUAUGAAAAAAAUCAUGGCUCACUUAGGAUUGGAUAUUCCGCAAUACAAUCGUUCAAAAGAUCCGAUAUUUUUUCAUGCUAUAAGACUGCAGACCAGUGAAUUACCGACGACGACCCAGCCAUGCUUGGAGGAGCCUGUAGCAGCGACUGUGAAAAAGUCCCCGCGCCAAAGUACCGAACAAUCUAUCGAGGAUGCCGUACCAGAAACUAAAGAAACAGAAGACUGUAUCACUCCUAUAAGCGUAACCGAUUCUGUGACUGCCUAUUCUGCACCUUUCUUUACUGCAUUGCCUUUUUUAUCUAUGGGAUUACCAUUCCCUCCUAUGUAUAUGUAUCCUCAAUUAACUCCAUUAUUUUAUUAUCCAUUCAUACAAAUACCCAAUGUUACGACAGAGACACCAAAACCUAAAGCAGCCUGUUCGUUUUGUAUGGAACACGAAGGGUCCCUUACUUGCCUCUAUUAUCAGCGCGACGGAGACGAUCCCGUAUCAUUAGAAACGGAAAAUGAACAUAUACAGGAAGCGGAGCAAUUAGUUAUCGCCGACGCGCCACUGGCAUCUGCAAAAAAUCCUGGAUGGUUUGGAAAAGGUUAUCGCAAAGGUAUGAAAAAGAAGCGGUAGCAUCCACUCGUAACAGAACGCCACGUAAUGAUUUCCCUUUUUAUUAUUAUUGUACGCUAAUAAGAUAAUGAAUAUUACAAUGGCGUACUUAAGUAUUUAAAGUCUUCAUAUCGUAAAAAAAUAUACUUAGAAAUUUUUCAAUGUAGCGAUUCCGUUCGAAUGUUCAACGCAUGAAUAGAUUCGUCGAGAUUAUCAGUCAGUUUUAAAAUUAUAGAUAGACGUAAUCUCUUUGAGAUUGCUUUUCAUGUUCUUAUUAAUAAGAAAUCUUAGCCAUCUAUAGAUGAUCGAAAUCGAUGCUGAGAAAUUAUUUUAUUAUCGAUAUCAGUUAUUUGAUUCUUUUGCAUUAAGUAGAGAUUUUGAAUAACCGAUUCUAUUUUAUCAAUCAAAUUUGACGACUUUUCUAAGCACUGUAUUAUUAUUUAUAUUUUUAUUUUACCAUUUUAUUUUUUAUUUCGAAAUAAGGAAAGGAAAAUAUGUGUAACGCUUCAGUAAAUUAUCAUCGUUUAAAGUUCAAUAUUAUAUGGUAUAAUUAUUCAUUAACGAUACAUUGAAAUGGCAAAAAUUUGUUAAACUAGUCUUUGAUGCAUUUUAUUUUAUUUUUUAAUUAUUUUUUUCGUAUUGCAUAAAGAAUAUUUAAAAAUUCAAAUAACAGAAAUCAAAAUGAAUCUUUAGACGAAGAUCAAAGGAAUUUCGAAAGCAUAACACAUGAAUUAAUUUGCUUUAAUGAAAAGAAGAAAAGCGCUAAACUCCUCGGAUAUAUAUAUAUAUAUAUAUAUAUAUAUAUAUAUAUAUGCGUGUGUGUGUGUGUGUGUGUGUAUAUAUAUAUAUGUAUUAGGGUGUCUCAUAAGUUUUUUCCGUGCCACGCUCUGUAUGACCUCGAAACGGCUAUGUUAGUAAACAUGUAGGUUUAUCUAUUGUCUGUUUAUGGCAUCAAUUUCAGUCGUCUCACAGCUCUUUCAAAGUACGUUUCGUUUGUGACUAAAUCUCUUUUAAAAUCCUUUUCUACGCCGUUCAAUAUGGAUAGCCAAAAGAAGCAUUUGCGGCAUGUUAUGCUUCAUUGCUUUAAAAAAGGUAAUAGUACAAAGGACACUGGAGAAGAGAUUUGCACCGUUUAUGGGAGUGGUACCACGACUAUUAGAACCAUUUGCAAUUGAUUUAAGAAAUUUAGAGUUGGCAAUUUUGAUUUGAAAGAUGAAGACCGCAGCGGCCACCCAGCAAAGACGGAUAUGGACCUCAUCAAGAGUAUGCUCACUGAAAAUCCACGAUAUAGUGUGUGCGAGAUAGUGGAUGCCACUAACAUUCCCAGGACAACGGACAUAAUCAUGUCAUCAAGAUGGGAUAUGUGAAUCGGUAUGAAGUUUGGGUUCCACGCCAAUUGACGGAGACCGACCUUAUAAACCGCAUCUCUACGUGCGAUUUGCUUCUUUAGCAACAUGAAAAAAAUUCUUUUUUAAAGAGGCUUGUCACUAGAGACAAGAUUUGGAUUUUAUAUCAAAAUGUGCAUCGAAAAUGCACAUUUGUUCUAAGGAAAAUCGACCUUCAACUGUUGCGAAGCCAAGACUUCAUCCGAAGAAAGUUCUUUUGUACAUUUGGUGGGACUGGAAAGGUGUAGUAUACUACUAGCUCUUUCUACAAGGUGAAACGAUCAAUUUUGCAAAAUAUUGCAAUCAACUUGAUAAAUUGAAAGCUGCCAUAGCCGAAAAACGACCAGAAUUGAUGAAAUGACGAGGUGUCGUUUUUCAUCACGACAACGCAAGACCGCAUGUUGCGUUGCUCGUAAUACAGAAACUCUUACAGUUUGAUAGGGACGUUCUACCUCAUCCUCCGUACUCCCCAGACCUUGCUCCAUUCGAUUAUUACUUGUUUCUCUCGUUAAAAAAAUUCUCUCCGUGAUAAAUGUCACAAAUCCGAAAGCGAAAUAAAAACGCACCUCGAUGAAUAUUUUGCAAGUAAGUCUCAACAAUUUUGGAAAGAGGGCAUAAUGAGGUUUCCUGAGAAAUGUAAGAAGGUAAUAGAGCAGAAUGAUUCACAUAUAAUAUAGUAAAUCAACCUUAUACAACAAAUAUCGUCUAUUGAUUUCGCAUUAAAAAAAAGGAAAAAACUUAUGGGACACCCUAAUAUAUAUAUAUAUAUAUACAUACACCAAACUAAUUCCAAUGUACGAGUUAUUUUACGUUGGAGGAUAUAAUAUGAUAUAUUGUUCUUUUCUGAUUGAUUUUAUAUCUACUUUAUAUUACAUGUAAUUUAAAUUAUUAUUGUUAUUUAUAAGAGAAUGAUCGUUGUGUAUUUUACAUUGUAUAAAAAUCAGUAUUUAUCUCGUCGACUAUCUCGAUGAAUUUUUCGAUAAAUUUAAAAAAUUUUUUGUUCAUUAAAAAGAAAUUAUCAUUUUUAAUUGUUUCUCGAUAUCGUCGUGCGUUAAAAAGCAUAUAUUGCGUCAGUAUAGUUCCGUCGAUACGAAGUAUUAUUAGUAUAUUUACAUACGUUAUUUAUAAAAAUACUAUCGAGGGUUAGAGGAAAGCAGCGUAUGUAUUGUAAAUAAGUUUUUUUCGUUUUUCUUUUCUUUUUUUUUUUUCCUUUUCCUUUAUUAUUAUGUUUUCCUUUUUUCUCUUUCUUUCAAUGAGUGUAAUUUAUUUCUCAUUUUACGUUCUCCGAUAAUCGUGAACAUGUAUUGCGCAAUAAGAUUGUGGUGAUAAACCAUUUCCUAUCUUUGUACUUCGUUGUCGAAAGACGGAGUAUGUAUCAAGAGAGUUUCGCAUUAGAUUUUAAACUUUUCAAUUUCUCCAAAUCCUAUUUUUUUACCGCCGAGCAAGCGCGCGAUCAAAUUGCGUGACGGCAGACAUGCGAUUUACGUUGUAUAUUUUGUGUAUAUUUUAAUAUAUAUAUAACAUUUUUGUCUCUUAUGUGUAUAAUUAUCGCUUAAUAACAGAUAUAAAAUAUAAGAAAAUCUAAACGGGGA